CCUUCCAGAGGAGACUGUCCUUCCAGGCGACCCGUAGCGCUCACGUGGUUCCACCUGAGCUCAGGUGAGGGCGGGGCCUGAGACGCCGUUCACCUGGCUGGGCAGGUAAUGCUAAGGCGGGGCAGAGGAGGAGGAGGAGGAGGAAGGGGCAGCAGGGAGCCUUGGGCGGUGGUGAGAAGAGGAGGGUCUCCAGAGCGGCGAGACAGAUUUUAAGCUCCUAGUAAACAGAUACCUGCCUCUUUGGACCCAUGUAACUCUGUUAAGUGCCAGUACAGGAUCUUCUGAAAUGGAUGAAGCUGUUUAGGGUCUCACGUAACCCCAAAGAAGGCAAAACAAAAGGUAUUUCAAGGGUGGCAAGUCAUGCUUGGAAGGAGACAAGGCCUUCACCAAAAUCUAAGUGACCACCACCAGCCUCAUGAAGAUGUGGCUGUCUCUCCAAGGAUCAUUACUCCCAGGGCAAACAAUAUUAAUCUGGAGGUGUUCAGUGGCUCCACCCCAGAGCUCAAGCCGACCCGCAAGCCAGCCCGGGAUAGGAGACACUGCAAAGCUGAUCCCAAAGACACCAACGGGAGGGAGGGAGAAACAGUCACCUUUAUCUCUGGCCCUUCAGAGCCUCCCCAGUCUACAUGCUGCCCCAGCUUCUCUCAGGCCUGGAGUGCGUACAAAGCAAUCUUCUGCUGCAUCGUGACUUGUGGGGGCUGCUUCAGGGAUUGCAAGCCCAAAAUCCCAUACCCAUAUAUUGAGACAUUGACAGAGGAUGUCAAGAGCCAAGAGUGCAAUGGACGUUCACCAAGCAGCCCGGCCAGUAGCUCCCCCACUGAAAAGAAUGGGAGCCAAACCAAAAAGAGCACUGUGGGCAGCAGUUUCAGCUACCCAGAUGUGAAACUGAAAGGGAUCCCAGUUUUUCCAAACCGGAGUACUAGCUCUCAUCCAGACACAGAUUCCUGUUACAAAGAGCCUCUGCAAGAAAAAAGCCCCUGGACCUACCCGAAGCAGCAUCCUCCCAGUAGCCCGCGGAGUUCUGAAGAACAUUAUUCCUUCCAUGAGUCGGAUUUUGAGUUUGGGGAGCUGAAUAGUUCCAUGUCCAGCAGGGAGAUUGACGUCCUGAUCUUCAGGAAGCUGACUGAGCUCUUCAGCGUCCACCAGAUUGACGAGUUGGCCAAGUGUACCUCAGACACGGUCUUCCUGGAGAAGACCAACAAGAUCUCAGACCUCAUCAACAGCAUCACCCAGGACUAUCACCUGGAUGAGCAGGAUGCCGAAUGUAGACUGGUCCGGGGGAUCAUUCGCAUCAGCACACGGAAAAGCCGGGUUCGGCCCCGCGUGUGUGUCCCCACUCUCCCAAGCCAGGAGGAGAACAGCAACCGGGGCAACCCGCCGGAUAGUGGCAACGAAACCAUGUUGGCUUCUGUGCUCACUAGCGAAGAAGACUUGUCUGUGAAGAUAUCCGUAGAAACCACAGCAGAUGUGAAAGCCAGGUACAUGAGGCAUGGGCCGUAUAGCGUUACAGGAUCCCCACUGAGCAGAGGCUCUUCUUACCAAGACACAGAGACAGACUCUUCCGGAGCCCCUCUACUUAAAGCGUAUUGCUGAGAAAGUGGACCUCAGGAGCACGCAGUGGGCAGUAUAUCCACCAGGGCAAGUUCCUGUUUUGUAAAUGACAAGCACAACGCCACUUGUUGAUCUGCUCUUAAAAUUCAUUUAGCCUCAUUUUAAUUUGAGUUUUAAAAGACCCUGACAAGCGGGUAGCGCAGGUAUAGUAUAGAAGCCAAAGAGCAGGAAAGGAACUAACAUGCUAAUAGGAUUGCUACAUUUCUUCAACCCUGCAAACGUGCCUUCUGAUGACCGCUUGGUGCCUUUUAUAUAAAAACCCUUUUGUGAGCAGCCUCAACUAAUCGUCACCGAAUGCAAAAGCCAAAUAUACAUUUUUGUGCUCUUGCUGUGCAAGAUCUCACAUGUUGACAUGAAGUCAUCCAUUUUGUGAUGUUUUUGAAGAUUUGGAGGACUUGUGUCCAUAGCUACAAAUUUGGUGGAUGCCAUGCUUCAACCGAAAAGUGCCUGCUCAGUCCUUUGGGGUGGAUCUACAAGAGACAUCAAGCAACGUAAUCUAGGACUACAUGUUGUCAAAGCUACAUGACAUGAGCUACAAAUGAACUGGCCAAGAUUUGAGUCUAUGUGGAUUGCUGACUGAUUAUGUUGGAACCAUGAAGUGCCAGAGUCAGAAAUCAAGGUUGGAGUUAAGCAAAUUCAGUCAUCCCAUUGAAAACAAUGAUGCUGAGACAAGACAGAUGGGUUCUGAGUGCCAGUUGAAUGUCAUGGGAUUCUGUUUCAAAUGAAGUUGUCAGUUCCGCUUCUCUAAUCUUAUCCUUCCCAACCUUCCCAGAGUUUAAUUCUUGGCCAGUAAGAUAAGAAGCUGAUUUACAACCAAGCAAAUCAUAGUUUUCAUUGUAAUCACAAGGCUCAAGGAUGCCAUCGAGAAACUCUCCCCGAUAGGUUUUGCCUAUUACAGAGAGGAACAAAGGACUUUGGGAGAGAUGAGUAGGAAUUUGUUGCAUAUCUACAGAGGCAGAAUAGUUUCAGUCUAGUUUGUUUUAUCUUCCCUUGACAAACAAUAGGAGCUGUAGUUUAGGGCAACCCGUUUAGAUAUCUUCCCCUAUUUGUAAUACUGAGAUAUCUGAGGUUCUGUGGCUGAAAGCAAGUUGAAAACAAUCCAAAAGUGGUUUUACAUUUGUAGUCCGGAUGUGGCAGAGAGUUCACAACAGUGUACAAGCUAUGCUUUCAGCUUAAUGCUUCAGCUCUAUGUUGCUUCUCCUUAAAAUUGUGAAAGGGAUUAUGAUGUAAAUAGUUUCUGCAACUGGUGUGAAUAGUUUCGCCAAAUGUUUGGAAUUAUCUUUCCACCAUGGCACAGUUAAACCAGUCUAUGGCAGUGGUUCUCGGCCUGUGGGUCCCCAGGUGUUUUGGCUGACAACUCCCAGAAAUCCCAGUAUUGUCGAAGGCUUUCAUGGCCGGAAUCACUGGGUUGUUGUGUGUUUUCCAGGCUGUAUGGCCAUGUUCCAGAAGCAUUCUCUCCUGAUGUUUUGCCUGCAUCUAUGGCAGGCAUCCUCAGAGAUUGUGAGGUCUGUUGGAAACUAGGAAAAUUGGGUUUAUAUAUCUGUGGACUGUUUCCAACAGACCUCACAAUCUCUGAGGAUACCUGCUAUAGAUGCAGGUGAAACGUCAG